AUGUCUAACGGUUACUUAUGUUUUCGCGUCACUCCUGUACGUUUGGAUUAUCCUUUGGGCUGGACCAAGACCAGUCUCCUUUGUCCUCUGAGAAUGCAUGAUUUUAGUCCAAAAUGCGUAAAAGAAGGCUUGUGUAGCGUUCCGAAGUUUCCCAUAGAGUGGAAGAGGGCAUAAGUGGGGUUGAAUACAUGUAUUCCGGAGACGACAGGGCAAAUGGGGUCUGAGCGUGGCCCGAAGGCCUGCCCACGUGUACAGGAGUCAGACAGAUUCUAAAGCGACCACCAAACGUCAGGUUGUAACACAAACAAAGUAUUGCACUGCCCCUCUUUUCUUUUGAGCGGCGUCUUAGGCAUUCCUCUUUGGUACAUCACAACAUAUUCGGUACUGCAGUAAAGCACCCACGAACCAACCGCGUCAGCCGACAGAAAACACGAGAGCGAGGAACCGCACCUGAUCUUCUCGGCAGCUUCAACUAGAUCAGAAGUUACAUUCGGUCUGACAACCAGAUUCGAGGGUCGCAUGCACCUUUUUAUAGCUAAGUAG